AAUAAGAAAAAGCAGAGCUGUCAUUGUUGCCUUGUCAGUAUGAGGCACACAUGGUGCAGGGAAGCUAACCCAGGAGUGGGGCAGGCGAUGGAUCAAAUCACAUGGUUACAACUGAAUGAUUAGACACUCACGAUUUUUCAUAGAAUUGUGUAAAUGAAGAUAAAUGUAACAUUAAAAGUAUGCAAAGAGCAAAAUUCCUUUUGUAUAAAUGAACUAAGGAAGAAAUCAAGGGGUAUUAAGAGAAAUCUCCUUUCUUAUGUGUCCUAAACAAUCCCACAGACACCGAUAUGUAUACAUCAACAGACUUUUCAGAGAUUAGAUGUAAAUCAAAUCAAAUCAAGGAGGAGUCUGCCUCAUGUAAAGAAAGGAAGUCCACAAAGGCCAAUAUAUAUACACCUGCAGCAAAUACUCCGCCUGAAUAUGCAUGUACUGAUUUUAAGGAGGAAUCUGCCUCAGAUGAAGGAAAUAAUCUUCCAAACACUUUCACACUUACACUAACAGAAUAUGCAUCUACUGUUAUUAAGGAGGAAUCUGGCUCUUGUCAAUUAGUAAAUCCUAAAUGCAAAGUCAGUCCUACAAUAAAUCCAUGCAUUCAAAUAAAGGAAGAAUGCUCCUCUGGAAAAGGAAAGCUCACAGACGCCAAAAUCACUGCAGAGAUUGAUUAUAUAUCUUUUAAUAUAAAGGAAGAGUCUGCCUCCUGUGAGAAAGAUAAUUCCACUGACGAAUAUUAUACUACAGAUUGUUUAUCUACUCAUGUAAAGGAGGAAUUAACCUUGUGUGAAGAGGAUUUAACAGACACUGACAUAUGUAGAACUACAGGUAAUCCAGAGUCAGAAUACACAAAUAGAGAAACAGUGAAUAAGGACAGUGAUAGGAGCAACACUCCUGCAGUUGAUUCAGAGCAUCAGACGCAUUUUGAUUGUAGCCCUGAUUUUUUAAAACAUCAGAGAAUUCAUAAAAGAAAAGGUCUGUCUUGUUCAGACUGUGGAAAAUGUUUUGCCAGUAACUCACAUCUUAUUACACAUCAAAGGAUUCACACAGGAGAAAAACCUUUCUCAUGUGCUCAGUGUGGAAAAUGCUUUAUUGAUAAGUCAAGCCUUACUAAACACCAGCGAGUUCACACAGGAGAGAAACCAUUUCCAUGCUCCCACUGCGGCAAACACUUUUCUCAUAAAUCUGAUCUUGUUAUACAUCAAAGGAUCCACACAGGGGAAAAGCCAUACGCUUGUACUAGUUGUGGGAAAUGCUUUAUUGAUAAGUCAAAACUUCUUAAACACCAGAGGAUUCAUACCGGAGAGAGGCCAUUUUCAUGUUCGGAAUGUGGAAAAUGCUUUACUGAUAAGUCAGGUCUUGUUUACCAUCAUAGAAUACACACAGGUGAAAAGCCAUUUGCAUGUUCUGAAUGUGGAAAAUAUUUUACCAGCAAGUCGAGUCUUGUUACACAUCAGAGAAUUCACACAGGGGAAAAACCAUUCUCAUGUUCUGUAUGUGGAAAAUGUUUCAACAGUAAAUCAAAUUUUGUUACACAUCAAAGGACUCAUACUGGAGAAAAGCCAUUCUCGUGUUCUGAUUGUGGAAAAUGUUUUGCAGAUAAGUCAAGUCUUGUGAUACACCAAAGGAUUCACACAGGAGAGAAGCCAUUCUCAUGUUCUGAAUGUGGGAAAUGCUUUAACAGCAAAUCAAACUUUGUAAUACAUCAUGGGCUUCACACAGGAGAGAAACCAUUUUCGUGUUCUAUAUGUGGAAAAUGUUUUAGUAAUAGCUCAAAUGUUCUCAAACAUCAAAAUAUUCACACAAGAGUAAAAACGUUUACAUGUUCUAUUUGUGGAAACAAUUUUACUGCUAAAUCAAGUCUUGUUAGGCAUCAGACAAUUCAUCUACAAAACAAGCCAAUGUCUUAAUAGUAGGUGGGAAUAGUUUUCCAUAACGAUACAUGUGGAUUACUUUUGACAAAUUAAUGGAAUAGAAAAUGAGUGAAGGUUUACUGAAGGAGGUGAUCAUAGCAUACACAUAAUCUCUCAAGAACCAGUUGGAACAUAUUUAAAAUGAAGGAUUUUACAUAUUAUAAUUGGUAUUUAUACCCUGUAUUACAAUGAAUGUUUAAUUAUAUCCAUUAAAUUUGUGGAGUCGGU